UGUCAAACCGUCUUCUGUGCUGCCACUGGCUUAAUGGCCCUCGUUUGGUGCGUCGCGUUUUUCCGGAUUUUCGCGUAGAGUUUUCGCUCCGAACCGACCGAAUCGUGCCGCAAAGUGUGCGGCCAUGUGCCCUUGAGUGGGUGCGCGAAAGAGUUUCGCCGCGGAAGUGUUUUUCAGCACGGAAUUGGAACGUUUUUGCAAGUGGAAUUUUUACUCCCUUUUGGGUCGUCGUGUGGAAGCAGUGAGGGAGGAGGAGGAGGAGGAGGGUUCUCUUGUGAUUUUUUUUCUUCGUCGUGCGGGGGACACGGUCCAGAUUUAGACAGACGGUUGUGAAAGUGAAAUCGGUGGCAGAAUGACACCGCAGCCGCUGGAGCAGGGUGGCGCCGUGACGGCGUUCAUCCCGACCGGCCAGGAGAUGGCCCCGCGGCAGAAUCUGAUUCCGCUGGGCAGGUUGAUCGAUUUUAUCAUCCAGAGGACGUACCACGAGCUAACGGUACUGGCGGAACUCCUGCCGCGCAAGACGGACAUGGAGCGCAAGAUCGAGAUCUACAACUUUUCCGCCAGCACGCGGCAGCUCUUCAUCCGGCUGCUGGCCCUCGUCAAGUGGGCCAACUCGGCCUCCAAGGUGGACAAAUCGGCCAAGAUAAUGGCCUUCCUGGACAAGCAAUCGCUGCUGUUCAUCGACACGGCCGACAUGCUGUCGCGGAUGGCCCGCGAAACGCUGGUCAACGCCCGGCUGCCGAACUUUCACAUUCCGGCCGCCGUCGAGAUCCUCACGUCGGGCACGUACUCCCGGUUGCCGUCGAUUAUACGCGAGCGAAUUGUUCCGCCGGAUCCGAUUACGCCGUCGGAGAAGCGCCAAACGCUGCAGCGACUCAAUCAGGUCAUUCAGCACCGGCUUGUGACGGGGAAUCUGAUGCCGCAGUUGCGCAAGUUUAAGAUUGAGAAUGGGCGCGUUACGUUCAAGGUGGACCACGAGUUCGAGGUGUCGCUGACGGUGAUGGGCGACGGGCCGAACAUUCCGUGGAGAUUGCUGGACAUUGACAUACUGGUGGAGGAUAAGGAAACUGGGGACGGGAAAGCUCUGGUGCACACGCUGCAGGUCAAUUACAUCCAUCAGCUGAUUCAGGGUCGCAUCGUGGACAGUCCGGACGCGUUGGCUGAGGUGUACAACUGUUUGCACUAUUUUUCGCAAUCGCUUCAAAUGGAGGUGCUUUACACUCAAACGCUGCGAUUGAUGCGAGAUCGCCUCGACGAUCACAUCCACGUAGACGAGUACAUCCCGGGUACGAAACUGACCGUGUCUUACUGGCGCGAACUCACCAACAAAGAUCCCAAAUCGGAACUCGGCUAUCGGCUCAUGAUUCAGACCGAUCAAAACGAUUCCGCCAAACAGCUGGCAAUUCUGCACAUCCCAUCGAUCGGCAACAAAGAGGUGGACAUCGCUGACCGUGCCGUCCGCUCGGACCUUCUCUCGAUGGAGCGCCUGCUCGUGCACACAGUCUACGUGCGGUCCCUCUCUCGUCUAGCCGAUCUCAAGUCCGAACUGCAGCUCUUCCUGCCAGACGUCGAUUAUAGCAUCCUCGGCACUCCAGCCAUGCUAAUGGUUCCCAUUCUGAACCCUUGCCUGCGCGCCGAGCAAAUCUACAUCACCGUGGACACGCACACUGGAAUGCUACGUUGUCACGUGCCCAAACAUCUGGAUUGUCCCAUCAUGGCCGAAAUGCAGCACGCGCUCAACAACGAUCGCUCGCGACUGCAGCAUCUCUUUUCCGAACUACGCUACUGGAUCACUCAACGAAGGUGCGAGAAGACGCUGCAGCAUUUGCCGGCCACGACGCAGGAACGAUUGCCGCUGGUAUUUCCGCCGGGGCACGCAAUCGAAAAGGUUGGACCGCACAAGGUUUACAUCCAGCUGUACCGGCACUCGAAUGUUAUCCUGAUAGUUGAACUCAAGGAGAAGGACUCCAGCCCGAACGAGAUGACGUACACGUUCUACCUGGUGCUGGUCAAGCCGUCCUCCGUCGAGGACAGCCAAUCACAGGACGCUGAACCCACGACCUCGGUCAGUCAAUCCGGACCGGGCUCCGUUCCCCCGGGAGGACCACCCAGCGUUCCAGGACUGUCCUCGUCCGCCGCACAUCCUUCGACCUCGUCAAGCGCCACCGAAAACGACGGCAUGCCCAAAAUGUACCUCAAGGUGCAAUCGCUGAUCGAGUUUGACACGUUCGUGGCCACGCACGGUCCCGGAACGUACGUGGACGAGCUGGCCGGAUCGAAGCGCAAACUGAGCGCCCUCGGCGAAGGUCCCUCGAAGCAGCAGAAGGUCAUUUAUCCGGCUUACUUCAUCCCCGAGUUGGCCCACGUCGUGGCCAUGUGCGACGAGAAGCUGCCGUUUGUGGCGUUGGCGAAGGAACUAACGCGCCGUCGGAUUCCUCACGGUGGUCUGCAGGUGGAAGCGAACGCCACUUCGUUGGUGCUGAAGCUGUUGACGUUGCCGCAGCCGAAGGCGCCGCUGAUGCCGGUUUCGGCGGCUGCUGCUGCAGGGCAACAGGGUGGCCCGGAUCAGAAACCGCCGGAACCGAAGCUGGUUAGUGUUCCGCGGAUCGAGAAGGAUGUGUGGAAUGCGUUGCUUCGGCGGUUGCUAUCGGUUUCGGUGCGGGCUCAGGUCAACAAGGGUAAUCAGACGAGGUUGUGGACCACGGAGUUGGUAUUUUACGGCAGUCCGUUGACAAGUGCACAUCACAAGGAGCAGGGCAUGCGACGGGCAGUUUACCUGCAGUAUGACAUGUCUCCGGUGGAUGCGGUUGAUCGCAUCGUCGAUAUGAUUCUCAACGAUUGGUCCAAGAUCGUGUAUUUGUACACGUUGGUGCACGACUUCCGCGAGCAGAUCGACAAGUAUAAUCUGCAGAACAUCGUGACCAUCAAGUCGUACAGCUACACCAGUCUGCUGCUGGCUUACGGUCCAAACAAGGAGGUCAACGUGAACAUCUACUGGGACAUUGAAGCUAAGGAGUUCAAAAUGGUCUUCACCGGAGGAAACAACGCCAUCAACGCGCACUCCAUGAUGCGAGAUCAACUCCAGGCGCACCUGAACCACAACUACGAUCUUGCCCAGAUUGUUCAUCUGCUGCACGAAACCUACCAACCGUUGAGCUCAAUCGCAAAGCUCCCGAUCAUCCCACACCUGGCGAUUCUGCAGUCUCCGAAAAUCCCCGUGCUCUCGUUCUGCAUCAUUCCCCAGUCGCCGACCCUGCUCCGCAUUUCCUUCCAAGGCGUUUACUGCUUGGAGAUCCGUUUGCGAGGAUCCGGUCUCUGCUCGAUCCGGGACGGUGCCUACAGUCGCUUCGAUAGAAGUCACGUCGUGGAAGAAUUCACGCCCACCCAAGGUCUCAAAGGGUUUCUCUCGAAAUAUGUGGACGAAACGGCCGUCUACCGGAGACGGUCCCAAUCCGAGGACGACAAUCCACCGUCUCCCAUCACCAUGGAAGAUCCACACGGUGGCCCAGCCUCGGUCGGAUCGACCUUCCUCGGUGGCGGAAACAUGCGAGGUCCGCAAAGUCCUCGCGAUCCAGGUCUUCGCUUUGCCGCCCCACUCACACCACCUUCCGGUUCAAAUCCGCACACUCCAGCCUCACCUCACCCGCAAGGUAUGGGCGGAGGUGGCUCCCAGAACCACCCGAACUUCAACAUGACCUCACCCCCCGCUCCGCACAUGCCACACCCCUCGCCGAGUGGUGGCCUGAUGCCGUCAUCCCCGCUGAAUCCCCAACCCAGCCCGAUGGCUCACUCCCCCGGACCGUCCAACAUGCCGUACAUGGGCGGCCAAUCGCACACCGACGGAAGCCCCUUCACGGCGGCACACUCGCCAGCCGCUUCCAACUGGCCCGGAUCACCGGGAAUGCCGCGGCCAUCGCCACGACCAGGCCAAAGCCCGGACCACAAGGCGCAGACUCCACACCACAACACUUCGCGCGUUCUGCCGGCUCGCUCCUGGGCCGGUGCCAUCCCGACGCUGCUGACGCACGAGGCUCUCGAUACGUUGUGCCGCGCAACGGCCCACCCCCAGAAGGAGAUCCCGGGGCCGGAGUUGAGCCCGCUGGAGCGGUUCCUCGGGUCGGUGUUUAUGCGGCGCCAGCUGCAGCGGAUCAUCCACCAGGAGGAGAAUCUCCAGGCCAUCACGUCGAACGAGCCCGGUGUGGUGCUGUUCAAGGCGGACAAUCUGCAGUACCAGGUGUUCCUGAACCCGAACCACAUGCAGUCGCUGCACAUGAAGGUCAGCCAGGCGCCGCAGAUGGCGCCGACGAUGGACGGAAAGCCACCGUACCAGUGGUCUCCGGAAGACCUGCAGGUUCUGGAGCAGUUCUUCGACCAGCGAGUGGCCGCCCCUCCGUACCGCCCUGCCGUCGUGACCAGUUUUACCCGCAUGUUGAACCUGUCGGCGCAGGUCAUGAAGGACAUGAUGCAAAUCAUGCGGCUCGACCUGAUGCCGGAGAUGGGCCAGGGCAACAAGUGGAACGUGCAAUUCAUCCUACGGAUGCCACCGUCCGCCACUCCGAUCGUCCCCGUCGGAACCACCACCAUCCUAUCGCAUCGCCAAAAGAUCCUCUUCUUCAUCCAAAUCACGCGCGUCCCGUACCUGCCCAACAUGGAGUGGAAGGACUGCGUUACGAUGCUGCUUCCGAUGGUGUACGACAUGACCGUCAACCACACCCAGCUCGCGGAACGACGCGAACAGAACGUCCCCCAGCUGACGAGCGCCGUGAGUGCGCACCUGCGACGAUUCGCCGAGUGCACCGUUCUGCCACCGGGCGAAUGUUCCCUCUUUCCGGCCGUGCGUGACCUGCUCAUGAACCUGACCCUGCCGAACGAGCAACCUCCGCCCGGGCAGAUGCCCAACCAGGUAAGAUGGACGCCAACCCACUUUUGUGCAGCAAAAACUAACUCAAUUGAUCUCCCUCAGAUUGGCCCGAUGGGUGCGAUGCCGCCGGGAGGUCCCGGACAGAUAGCGCCCUCGCCCGUCGGUUCCAGCCCGAAUCCGAUGAUGCACUCGCCGAUGCAGAUGGGCGGAGCCGGUGGGCAGCAAUACGCGGGAAUGGCCGGUGCUGGGCCGGGAGGACCGGGCCAGGGUGGAGCCGGAGGACCGAAUUAGGAGGGCGGGGCAGGGUAAGUGUUAUUUAUUUUGAUGAUGGAGGGUGCAGAUUGUGCUGAAGAUCUUGGUUUCUGUGUCCCUGCGAGGGGGUUAUUUUUUGCUUCCGAGAAUCCGAGAUGUUUGAGCGGAUCGAGAAGGUCAAGUUUAAUUAAGUAAACUAAACAUGAAUAAUCAAAAUGUGAGAAACCAUUAAAGAAGAGCAAAUUUCUUGA